CAAACUUCGAGUUGAGUUCAACAAUUAAGUGAAUUUCGUUUCUACUGCGCUUUAAGUUUUUGCAAAAAUCUAUAAUGAGUUCUGGUAAACAUUUGGCUAAAGGUUCCGCCAAGCCUGUCCUCCCUGAAGACGGUCUUCUUCGCCUGUUCUCCAUGAGAUUUUGCCCUUAUGCCCAGCGAGCCCAUCUCGUGCUAAAUGCUAAGAAAGUACCCCAUCAUACUGUGUACAUUAAUCUCACCGAGAAACCAGAGUGGCUGGUGGAUGUGAGCCCUCUGCUGAAGGUUCCAGCCCUCCAGUUGGUGGAGGAGAAAGGCCAGCCCUCGUUGAUUGAAUCGCUGAUAAUUGCCGAGUAUCUGGACGAGAAGUACCCAGAGAACCCUCUCCUGCCCAAAGAUCCAUUAAAACGGGCCCAAGACAAGAUUCUGAUAGAGCGCUUCAGUGGCAUUACCAAUGCCUUCAUGAAGAUCUUGACACAGGGAACCGGUCUGGAGGAUUACUGGACGGCACUAGACAUCUUUGAGCAGGAGUUAACCAAGCGGGGUACCAAAUUCUUUGGGGGCGACAAACCAGGAUUCGUGGACUACAUGAUCUGGCCCUGGUUUGAGCGCCUCUCUGUGAUCGAGUUGAAACUGCAGGGAGAGUACAACUUCGACGAGAAGCGAUUCCCCAAAAUUACCCAGUGGAUUGCUCUUGUGAAGGAGGACUCGGUGGUCAAGUCUUUCUACGCCACUCCCGAGCAGCAUAACGAGUUCUGGAGGACCCGCAAGGCUGGCAAUGCCAACUAUGAUCUGCUGGCUUAGAUCAUUAGUUAAAAAUAUUUUAAAAAGAACGAGAUUUAAACACCUAAUUAAUUAAAAUUUAAAUAUCAAAUAUAUGAAAAAUAAAAACAUUUUAGACAUUUAAC